CCGACAUCUAAAUGGUCUAUAGAAAAGAGAGGUUUAGGUCAAGAAGAAGCUAAGAAAGAAUCGCACUGAUUGAUUUUCUUUUUCUAUCUAUCUAUCUAUCAGCUUCCUCGCUCCUCUCUCACCUUAGCACCACCGCCCAGAAUCAGAAACCAUGCCGAAGAACAAGGGAAAGGGAGGAAAGAAUAGGAAGAGAGGAAAGAACGAAGCUGAUGACGAGAAGCGUGAGCUUAUUUUUAAGGAAGAUGGGCAGGAGUAUGCCCAAGUGCUUCGCAUGCUCGGAAAUGGUCGUUGUGAAGCCAUGUGUAUUGAUGGGACCAAGCGUCUUUGCCAUAUUCGAGGGAAGAUGCACAAGAAGGUCUGGAUUGCUGCGGGUGAUAUAAUUCUCGUUGGCCUCCGCGACUAUCAGGAUGAUAAGGCUGAUGUUAUAUUGAAGUACAUGCCCGAUGAAGCUAGGCUUCUGAAGGCCUAUGGUGAGCUUCCUGAGAAUACUCGUCUCAAUGAAGGUAUUGCUGGAGGUCUUGAUGAGGAAGAUGAUGGUGCUGGUGAUGAUUAUAUUGAGUUUGAGGACGAAGAUAUUGACAAGAUCUAGUUUUGUCGUCUUCUUAUGUUUAGUGCCAAGUGGCAGUGAGUGCUGAUAAUGAAAUGCCAGAACCAGAAAUGUGCAUGAUAAGCUUGAAUUUGAGAUGUUAAACUUGUUAUAAUUCUCAUGAAAUGCCUAUUUGUAUCACUCUUAAUA